AUGGGUGCCCAAACUUCAUCUGUUACUUCUAAUCAAGAAUUGAAUGAUAAUAUAAAACCACCAAAUGAUGUUCAACAUUCAACAGCUAAAGAUCCAAUAGAUCAAUGUCCUCAUUUUCAACAACAAUCAACUCCAAAAACAACUUAUGUAAGUGAAUGUCCUAUGUCAGGUUCAGUCGGUAAUAGUGAUGUUAACCCAUUAAAUAUGAUGCCACCAGCUAAUCAAAUGCCAGCACCUGAUCAACCAUUUUCAUUAUCAACAACACGUAUUACUUCAAAUAUCCCUAAAAUAUCUGAAAAAGAGGAAAAUUGGGUUUAUCCAUCUCCACAAAUGUUUUGGAAUGCAAUGUUACGUAAAGGUUGGCGUUGGCAAGAUGAUGAAUUAACACCAGUUGAUAUGGAAAAUAUUGUUCGAAUGCAUAAUAUUAAUAAUGAACUUGCUUGGUUAGAAGUAUUAAAAUGGGAAGCAUUACAUGCAAACGAAUGUAUGAAUCCUCGUUUAGCAUCAUUUGGUGGAAAAGCUAAAGAUUUUUCACCUCGUGCUCGAAUUCGACAUUGGUUAGGUUAUAAACUUCCAUUUGAUCGGCAUGAUUGGCUUGUGGAUCGAUGUGGAAAACGUGUAAGAUAUAUUAUUGAUUAUUAUGAUUCAGAACAAGUUGAUCAUGAUACAUUAACAUUUACAAUCUUAGAUGUUCGACCUGCAUUUGAUUCAUUUGGUGCUGUUUGGGAUCGCAUGCGUGCUGCGUGGUGGCGUUGGACAGUACGAGAACACUAUGAUACAACAGAAGCGAAUACACGCGAUGAAUUAAUCAAAACAGCUAAGCGUGAACUCGAUAAUAAAAAAGAACAAUUAAGGCCUUCUCAAUAA